ACCGCCGUCGUCGUCGUCGGGACCCAGACGGACGGAGAGGCCGCGGCGGCGGUGAGGGGGCGGACAUGCCGCUGGGACUGAGCCGCAAGAAGAAGGCGGCGGCGGCCACGGCGGCCACGGCGGCGCUGGUGGACAACGAGGAGGCGGAGAGCGAGAUGGGGGGCCCGGGGCUCGGGGGCCCGGGGCUCGGGGGGCCGGGGGGCCCCGGGCCGGGGGGAGGCCUCAGGCCGCGCCUGGCCUUCCACACGCAGUUGGCCCACGGCAGCCCCACCGGGCGGGUCGAGGGCUUCGGGAACGUGCGCGAACUGUACGGCCGCAUCGCCCAGGCCUUCAGCAUCGACACUGACCAGAUCAUGUUCUGCACCCUGAACACGCACAAGGUGGACAUGGAUAAGCUAUUGGGGGGACAAAUCGGGCUUGAAGACUUCAUCUUCGCUCACAUCAAAGGGCAGAGGAAGGAGGUGGAGAUUUACAAGUCUGAGGACGCUUUAGGGCUGACCAUCACCGACAACGGGGCAGGUUACGCCUUCAUAAAGAGGAUCAAAGAGGGCAGCAUCGUGGACAGGAUGAACGUGAUCUUCGUGGGAGAUUUGAUCGAGUCCAUCAACGGGCAGAGCGUAAUCGCGACCCGCCACUUUGAGGUGGCCAAGAUGCUGAAGGGCCUGGUGAGGGGGAGGGUGUUCACUCUGCGACUGGUGGAGCCUCAGAAAGCGUUCGACAUGAUCGGCCAGCGUUCCCGAGGGGGCAGGUCCGGGACCGGGGAGCAGCUGGGGACGGGGAAAGGGACGCUGCGACUUCGCUCCAAAGGCCUGGCCACUGUGGAAGACUUGCCCUCGGUGUUUGAAGAGAAUGCCAUCAAGAAGGUGGAUGACCUGCUCGAGAGCUACAUGGGCAUCAGGGACACGGACCUGGCGGCCACCAUGGUGGACCUGGGUAAGGACAAGCUGAACCCGGACGAGUUUGCCCAGGCUCUGGACGAGGAGCUCGGAGACUUUGCCUUCCCCGACGAGUUCGUCUUCGACGUGUGGGGGGCCAUAGGCGAUGCCAAGGCCGGCCGGUAG